ACAGAACAGCAAACCAGCGGAAUUUGGCCAGAGGUGUAAAUAACUGAAAGCAGGAGUGGAGUUCGGGAAAGACGGCGGGGAGCGAAGGAGAUGAAAAGGAGCUCGAUCCCCCAGAUCAGCUACGCCUCCACCGCGCCGGAGCUGAGCGACAACAGCCGCUACGACUUCUUCUCCCGUGUGGUGCCGCCAGACUCCUACCAGGCUCAGGCCAUGAUGGACAUCGUCACGGCGAUGGAGUGGAACUACGUGUCCACGCUGGCCUCGGAGGGCAACUACGGGGAGAGCGGCGUGGAGGCCUUCGUCCAGAUUUCCAGAGAAACUGGUGGUGUGUGUAUUGCCCAGUCUUUAAAGAUCCCAAGGGAGCCAAGAGUGGGGGAGUUUGAUAAGAUCAUCAGGCGACUAAUGGAGACUUCCAAUGCCAGGGCCAUCAUCAUGUUUGCCAACGAAGACGACAUACGGCGAGUUCUUGAUGCUGCUAAAAGAAGCAACCAGACUGGUCACUUCUUGUGGGUUGGAUCAGACAGCUGGGGGUCCAAGAGCUCUCCGGUGACUGGCCAAGAGAUGGUUGCCGAGGGAGCCAUCACUAUCCUACCCAAACGAGUGUCUGUGGAUGCAUUUGACCGGUAUUUCCGCAGCCGAUCUCUGUCCAACAACAGAAGAAACGUUUGGUUUGCCGAGUUCUGGGAGGAAAACUUCGACUGCAGGCUCGGGAUGCACGGCAAACGGACCAGCGCGCAGAAGAAGUGCACAGGUUUAGAAAAAGUGGGCAGGGACUCGAACUACGAGCAGGAAGGAAAGGUUCAGUUUGUGAUGGACGCCGUCUACGCGAUGGCGCACGCUCUGCACCGUAUGCACCGAGAGCUCUGCUACGGCUACCCGGGCCUCUGCCCACGCAUGGCUAACAUCGAUGGUAAAGAGCUGCUCAGCCACAUUCGUGCGGUCAAGUUCAAUGGAAGUGCCGGCACACCAGUAAUGUUCAAUGAGAAUGGAGAUGCUCCAGGAAGGUACGACAUCUUCCAGUACCAGUCUAUCAACAAUUCCAAGCCAGAGUACAGACUAAUUGGCUCAUGGACCAACAAACUACAUUUAAAGAUGGACGCAAUGCACUGGAAGACGGCUGACCAGUCCCUGCCAGCUUCUGUGUGCAGCUUGCCAUGUCGUACAGGCCAAAGAAAGAAGGUGGUAAAAGGAGUGCCGUGCUGCUGGCACUGCGAAAGCUGUGAAGGAUACCACUACCAGGCCUCAGAGUUCACAUGCGAGCUGUGUCCCUACGAGAUGCGACCAGAUACAAACCGAACAGGGUGUAUUCCGAUUCCUAUCAUCAAGCUCGAGUGGCACUCCCCCUGGGCCGUCGUCCCCGUCUUCAUCUCCAUGUUGGGGAUUAUCGCCACCUCCUUCGUCAUCGUCACUUUUGUGCGGUACAACGACACACCCAUCGUCCGCGCGUCCGGCCGGGAGAUGAGUUACGUGCUCCUGACUGGAAUCUUCCUGUGCUACGCCAUCACCUUCCUAAUGAUCGCGACGCCGGACGUGGGCGUGUGCUCACUGCGAAGGAUUUUCCUCGGUCUGGGCAUGUGUUUCAGCUACGCUGCACUGCUCACAAAGACCAACAGGAUACAUCGCAUCUUUGAACAAGGGAAAAAGUCUGUUACAGCACCCAGGUUCAUCUCCCCUGCCUCGCAGCUUGUCAUCACCUUCUCUCUGAUCUCGGUUCAGCUUCUUGGGGUGUUCCUCUGGUUUGCUGUGGACCCUCCCCACAUUGUAGUGGACUACGGAGAGCAACGGACCCAGGACCCCAUGUCAGCCCGCGGAGUCCUCAAGUGCGAUAUCUCCGACCUGUCUCUCAUCUGCUCCUUGGGUUACUCCAUUCUGCUCAUGGUGACAUGCACAGUUUAUGCCAUAAAGACACGAGGCGUGCCCGAAACCUUCAAUGAGGCCAAGCCCAUCGGAUUUACCAUGUAUACCACGUGUAUCAUCUGGCUGGCAUUCAUCCCCAUAUUCUUUGGCACAUCACAGUCUGCAGAAAGGAUGUAUAUCCAAACUACCACCCUGACAAUCUCCCUCAGCCUCUCUGCCUCCGUAUCUCUGGGGAUGCUCUACAUGCCCAAGGUCUACAUCAUCCUCUUCCACCCGGAGCAGAACGUGCCCAAAAGGAAACGUAGCUUCAAGGCAAUCGUCACAGCAGCCACCAUGUCGGGAAAGCUGACCCAGAAGGGAGGAGACAGGCCAAACGGAGAAGUCAAGACCGAACUGUGUGAGAGCAUGGAGACCAACACUUCGUCAACUAAGACGACAUACGUCAGCUACAGUAAUCACGCCAUCUGACGGGACGGGUCUUCUAAGGAGCAGAGAAAAAGAGGAGGAAGAGUGGAUCGCAAAUGAGUUUGCCGGGGGUGGGGGGGAUAAACGGUGAAUGCACAGAGCGCCCAACGGAAAUCAAGCAUGAGACAUUUUGUAUUCGUUACCCAUCAAAACCACAGAGGUGGGACCACUCAAACAGCCAGUCAGUGUGCCUGCUUUGCUGCUACUCUCAGCUCAUUGGUCCUGCCAUGAACUUACCUGUUAAAAGAAAAAAAAAAAAAUCCAUAAAGUGACAUACCACAAGACAAUGGACAGCAAAAAACACAAAAAGCCUAAAAAAAAAAAAUUAUAAAAAUGAAUAUCUUUAAGAAAGGUCUGAAGAUGUGUAGAAAUUAUAUAUAAAAGGGCAAAGGUGGGGCUGAAAACCAGAUUUAACAAAUUACAUUUUAAAAGAUAUUUAAAAAUAGAAAUGUAUGAGAAAAAUCUAUGAGACUCAAAAGUGUUUGUUGUUGUUCUCUACUUGUAAGUAUUUUUGUGGUUGUGGCAACUUUUUCCAUUCUCGUCUCACCGUUGUCUUUGGAUCGCCCUUGCAUAAUGAGAUGAGUGUGUUUCCUCCUUCUGUCUUGGCGAUCCGGGUUGUAGCCUUGGGUUGCGAACCUGUAAAAUGCCAUGGUUGAAGCAUGCCCGUUUUUAUACAAAAAGGAGAUUUAUUUAUAAUAAAGGAAUGUUUUGCAAAUGUGUA